CAACAUGCUGACUAAAAGUAUCAAGAGGCAAACAUGCCAGAAAGCGCGUCACGCCCACGUGCUUAUAAAAUCUACACCACGCAGACCAAGAGCACCAAGAGGGCAAGCAUCCAGGAAGCUGAUGCUCAGAUGAAUGUUUCCACAACCACGGUCGAUUGCAAUACGGAAUCGGGAUAGAUGGACCCUGUCUUGGUUCCUCCCCGACACGUUCCUGCGACGAGAAUACGAAUCUGCUGCCGGGAUGUCAUUGCGAAAUACGAUCGAUGAGAGAUCAAUGCCGUGGGCCCAGCCCAGCUCCUAAUUACACACUAGCAGAAUGCACUAAUGGCCGCCCUCUGUGUGCUGUAUGUACACCACUGAAGAGCGAAGAUAACAGCUUGCUCGGAAGAUGCCUGAUAGACUCGUCAAAGUGAAACUUGCCAAACAGGAGCAAGAGAGUGCGGUCUCUUCGCUUCGCUCCUCAUGCGGAUGCGGACCCUUUCGGACCAGUCGAUACGAGAAAUUCUUCCUCAAGAAGACGUACUUGGCGUACGAAUGGAACGAGUACGCUGAACGACAGGGAAAGAGUUUCGAGGAUUCUACCGCAAGCAUUGCGGGCAGGGCACGCAGUGGACUUGCCUUUCCUGGAGCGGUUAACUGUCGUCGGAUCUCUGCCGCUGAAAGCACCUUGGCAGUCAGAGAAGACAGAGGACAGGGCGGGCCAUUGGAGUACAAUUCUGUGGAUUGAUCAGAUCCCAGAUUUCGCCGAGCGGAUUCACUUCAAAUAAUUGAAUUGAUGACAUUCGUCGCUUGCUUAGACUUGAUUCAUCUGAGUGAGCGGGGGCGCUUGAGGGAGGCAGCCGAGGGACUAGGAAAGGUCUGGAAGCACGUGUGAGUACAGUACUUUCAUUCUUGGAACGGUUUACAGUCGAGAGAGAGAGAGAGAGAAAGUUAGACACAGAACAUGGCUCUGACCCGAGACAAACGCGAUUUGUUUUUUGGAGUUGGCGCGCUGCUCGCUUUGAUGGCCCUCUUCCAGUUCUUGAGCUAUGAUCUAUUGAUACCAGCGAAAGACAUGCCCCACAAGUCGAAGAUCGAGCAUUUCCGCCGGCCUCAUUUCAUGAAUGCUACCCUUGUAGAGAAACCUGCGCGGUGUAGGGGUGCCCUCUGUACUUUUAUGGACAUCACCAUCAAGUCUGACUACGUCGGUCAAAUUGUUUUCCUCCUAAAUGAUAUCAAGAGACCGAAAACUGCCGAAAAUUUUAGAGCUCUCUGCACCGGCGAGAAGGGAAAGUCUUCCAGCAGAACCAAUCUUCACUACAAAGGAACGGCAUUCAGCCGUGUGGUGCAUAACAUCCUUGUUCAAGGAGGAGACAUUCACAAAGGUAAAGCUUUGGAGGAAGAAAAAGAGUCGAUCUAUGGGGCAGCUUUUGCUCAAGAAAGCAAUGUCGAUGAAUUGCAUGAGAGGGGCCUCCUGGCGACGGCAGGCCGAGGGAAAACGGGUUCGGAGUUUUUCAUCACUCUCGACUCCGUCGCCGAGCUGGACGGUCAAUUCGUCGUCUUUGGGGAGGUGGUAGAGGGCAUGGAUGUGGUCGAUAAGAUCAACAGUGUUGCAGUCAAUUCGGAUGGAGAACCGACAGCACCCAUUUUGAUCUCGAACUCAGGACAAAUUUAAUGGAUCUAUGGUGUCAGUGACAGUGCCAGGGCUGGUUUUGGUACAACUUUUGCGACGCCCUUCUCCUUCUCAUAGCGAGGAUUGAUGCCUGUGAAGCUUCGAGGUCUCGAAGAUUUGUCCAGCUUCCUUCAUCCUCCUUAAUUGGAAAUCCCCUACGUUCUACAGGAUCUUCGCUAGUUAAGGAAGUCAAGCUUAAGAUAAAGAGCCCAGAACAAGGAAGCAGUUAUCCGGAUGGUCUUGCAGUAUGACUUGCUUCAAAGGUUGGGCAUUUUUUGCUGCAACAAGCAGCAGCAGCAUCGGCCACUGCAGUCUUCACUUAUAUCAGAUUCAUAUGACAUUGGAUCUUCCUGAAGUUCCACUGAAGUGAGGCUAUUCGAGUGGAUAUCGAAGAUUUUAUGGCCGGCCAGAUGUGCUUUCUGAUCCAUCUGCAUCAAUACUGUAAACUUACGCCAAGUUGGUGAUCCAGCGUUGUGAAGUAUUCUUAAGAGCAGACAACAACGUUGACUCAUUGCUCCUCUGAGGACGAGAAGGUCUGUACAUCUGGUCUGUCGCCGUGAAAAAAUCGACUUGUCAGCAAAGGUAAAACCAUUGCCGUAUCCUUUGCCUCCAAUAUCUGAAGUACGUUAUACAUAUCUAAGAAAACAUGAGCGAGCUUUGGAGCGGAGGUAUGGGCUCCGUGGGAGAAAAAACCAUCGAAGCUCGAAAGUCCAGUCUCUGCUCGAAUUUUUUGUGUAGGAGCUUGAGGUAGAGGAAAUUAGUUUUCUAAUGCUCAUACCACACCGCAGUGGAAGCCUGUCAAGCAAACAUGAAUUUUGUCUGUGCAAUAUUUCUUACAGUAAACAUCAGUGUUCAAUCCCUUAACGGGAUCUGGUCUAUAUCCUAGCUCCUGCUAUCCACUUAUAUCCAGUACUGUACUCAUUCAUCUUUCUAAUGAUCCGUGUGAGUUGAGCUCCAUCGUCGAAUUCCUUAUCCAAAUUAUCUUUGGUCUUCGUGAAAAAGCUCUACGCUCAGAGUUUGUUGACCAUUCGGGUCACCUCGGUUCGUAUGGUUGUCAGUAAGCAGAAGCGAUCCCCGACACAUGUUCUUCCAUAUGUGCACUCCGCUGUAGUGCAGGUAUGGUAUGUCAGGUAUGGGGAUUCUGUGGCAAAUGUCAUCACUUACCUUUGGCAUUCAGAGACAUUGUGGCUUCCAGGGGUUCUUUAUGUCGGGAAGAAUCUAACCACAGGACUAUAGAUGGGACAUACACUUCCUUUUUAAGUAUGCGAAUAUACAAGUGACGACCAGUUUCCAACUAUCAAUCUUCUUUCAGAUCACCCUCCGCCACAAGGCGAGCAUAGUACAGUGCAAUGAGUCUGAAAAUGAGCUAAAUUCCCAUUCGUGCCAGUGAAAACUCAUGAAAUUGUAAUUGCUUUACUUGAUGUGGCUAUAUCUUUUGUGCACCUUCACCUCCGUAGUCUUCUUUGCAACGGAGAUUCAUUUCAGUGCAGUCAGUUACUUAAUGCGAGCUCCAUGAAUCAAACUAUGUUUACCUACUUUUAUUCCAUGCGUCUCCCCUUGAAAUAUGAACAAGAGAGGUGUUUACUAUAAGCUACCGAGUAAAGGGGAAGCACCAUGGAUCGGUAUGGAGUCAUAUAGUGCAAAGACUAGAGGAUACUGUAUUCCUUCUUGUUAUCCGCUAAUCCAGUAAAAUGAAGCUAGAUGCACGAAAAAAGGUGGAAUAAAGCCUACCCGGAUUGAGAGAUAGAUGUAUGUGUCGGG